UUUUCUGCAAUAUUCAGUACACCAUGGUUGGAUCGUGAAAAGUUUGGUAGCAUGUUUGCAGAAAAAUUUGUACGUUAGCGAUUUGUUCCGUUUUGUUUGAAAAUGCAGCUUGACUGCGUCUCAGAUUUCUUUAGUGUACCUGCAACUAAAUUAUUUUGUCGCCAACUGAAAGAUUGCCGAAAUUCAAAGUCGACGGAUUUGUCUCGUGGAGAAAAUCAAUGUGAACAAUGGAUUGUACCCCUAAAAAGUUUCAUUACAGGAAAAGAAAUCAAUUAUUAUGUGCACACUGUUUGGCUUCAAGGAAAUAUUCUUCAUGUUAUCAAUGACUCACAUGUUAUUCUGAAAGAUGUUUCGGGAGGAAUCGUAAAAAUUUCCUUGAUAUCUUUUUCUGUUACAAAUUGGAUUCAGCAAGGAGUGUAUUGUUCAGUAAUUGGUACAGUUGUAUCCUCUAGCCAAACACCACUCAUACAAGCCAUAAAAAUGACCAAACUAGAUAACAGCAUAAAUCUUCAAAUUUUGUGGGAAUGGGAAGUAAAAGAUUUGGCACAUCUGCUGUGCAAUGCUGCUUGAGCAUUUCUGUUUGGACACUACAUUAAUAUUUCUAAGUACCAAAAGCCAACAUCCUUUUCUGCCUAUGUUUUUCAUGAUCUGCUUAAAAAUAUAAACACAUCAUUCAUUGCCAUA